CAAGCUUGAAGACAACUUUGACUCGAGAGAUCAAGAGGGGGGUGAGACCAUCUUGUGGCGAGACCCCGCGUUGGUAUCGCCGCGUCAUAGACCAUAAUUACUCAGUGAAUGGCGUCAGAUACUUAUUAGCGACACUUCCGUUUUUUCCCCGCUUCUCAUUGGCUGGCGCUCCUGGUGUUCCUGUCUCUCACGUCUUGUUGUGAAUGAGUAACUCCUCCCCCCUCGUACUAUAAGUUGGACGCGCGAUACUACUUGCGAAUCAUUCAAACUAGGACUCGGAUUUUCAAACAGGAAUUACAAACGUAUCCUGCUUUGUAUUUCCAAAACUGCUUUGGAAGAGAACAGUGAAGUGUACAACGGCGAGUUGAGAGAGGUUUUUUUUUUCCUUCAGUAGGAUCCUCAAGUAUAAGAGGCUCACUCUCUCGUGAACGCACGCUUAAUCAGCUGGGAGCUUGGAGGACUUUGGCAAGCACAAGAAGAUUAGAUCCUGAAGAAGAAGGCAUUUGACACACAGGUGCUAUUUCUGGAAGACAACUCGCGGGCUGCCUGACGGGGCACACAGAGAAAAGGGAAACCACUCCAGCUUUAUUUUCCCGUCGUCUGCCGACCCAAAGACCCGGCGCCUUCGUCACGUGACAGACGUGGUGAACCAGGAGCAGGUUGUGUGGACAUUGUAGCGGUCAGUGCUGCUGCUCACACCCCCGUACAGACCUACCAGUGACAGAGGGACCGUGUCAUUGACAACUGACCACUGCCGCGUCACCGACAUCAUCAACAUGGUGGCUGUCACGAUCUACCUGGGCCUGGCUGUUGCCGGCCUGGUCUACGCCUACUUCCAGAUGUUUUACCGGAAACUACGCCCCGGCGAGCCCCCUCUCGCCCCCGGCCACUUCCUGUGGGGCAACGGGAAACAGUUCACAGAGCACGCCGUCAACUUCCUGUCCGAGACGCGCAAGAAUAUCGGCGACGUCUUCACCGUCCGCUUCCUGAACCAGUACUGGACCAUGAUGCUGGACGUGCACAGUUACGAGAGAUUCGCCCGCGAGAAGAACUUUGACUUUGACGCCAUUCAGGAGCAGGUGAACCAGAACGUAUUUGGCUACAAACUGGUCGACGCCAGGAAAAUGAUCUCCGAGGCCGGACAGAAAGUAAACGGGAAGCACCUUUACUCCUCUCUAGAGAACUUCGCGAAAAACCUGAAGAGGAGUCUCGUGGAAACCGCCAACACAGACAGCGAUGAGCUGAUCACAACGUCCAGCAGCACCACCAUCAACAACAACAACAACAGCAAAGAUGCACUGUCGAGUCUGAAGAACGAAAAAGGACUCUACGACCGUGUCCACGAAGACGCGCUUUCCCAAACACCCGUCUCGGACAUCAACGGACUUCUCAACUCCCAGAAACUUCUAGAAAAACCACCCAUACAAACACAGCCCAAACUCAACGACGGUUGGUGCGAGGAGAAUCUCCGAGAUCUGGCCUCUAAAGCUUUUUUCGCUCCUCUCUUCUACACAAUCUUCGGGCGCGGGGAGCCAGGCAAAGAGGGCAACUUCCACCCACAGGCCUUCCACAAGAACUUCGACAAGUUCCACAAGUACUUCAACUUCCUGUGGUUGGGCGUGCCCAUCAAGUUCUUCCCCAAGGCUGGAGAAGCCGCCGGGAUCCUGGCACAGCAGCCCAAAGGCCUGGACAUGAUGAACAGAGAGGACUGCUCAGAGUACAUCAAGCUGGCCACUGACUUCAUGCUCAGACACGACCAAUCAGAGCGCGACAUCGUGUGCCACAACCUGGUGUUCCUGCACGUCAACUACAACACGUUCCGCGCCGUGUUCUGGUGCAUGUACAAGCUGAUGGAAGACGUCAAGGUCAUGGCCGCCGUGCGCCGGGAGGUUGAAGAGGUCGUGGAGGCCAAGAGAGCCGGGGACGACCCGGAGGCGGACUUCACAGCCGAGGACGUCAAUAAUCUGCCCGUAGUCGACUCGUUCCUGAAGGAAGUGUUGCGCUGGACCAGCGGUGUGUUCAUGGUGAGGAAAUGCCUGGAGGACACGGCCUUCACAACGUCCUCUGGCCAGACCUACAACAUCAGGAAGGGAGACAAGGUUGCCAUCUACCCUCCAGUCCUGCACCAUGACCCAGAGAUCUACGAAAGCCCAUACGAGUUCAAAUACGACCGUUUCAUUGGCGCCGAGUUCUUCAAGAACGGCCAGAAGAUCAAACACCCCCUGAUCGCCUUCGGCUCCCGCUGCCCCGGACAAAAGCUGUCCAUGCUCCAGAUCAAAUGGUUCAUCAUCAACUUCGUCAACUCCUUCAAGUUCGAGCUAGAGGAGGGCGAGAAGACGGUGCCCAACACCAGCAUGUACGGCCACGAGAUCCUGCCGCCCACCAACGACGUGAGGUGCCGGUUCAAGGAGAGGGAGGGAGCCUGCGAGCUCAAGUUUGUCAAUAACUACGGCCAGAGCGAGGGCCGGGGUCUCCACGGUAUAUCCUCGGGCAAUUUGUUGUGAGUGCCAACAUGUUUACGCGGUUUUGUUGUGUUUUAGAACUUUUGUGUAUUUAGAUUACAGCAUUUAUUUAUUGAUUGAUUUGUGAAAGGGGUUUCUGUUCUGUUCUUUGAGUUGUUGUACUCGUUAUCGUUACUGUUCGUUUGAUUGUUUAUUCUGUUUAUUUGUUUGACAAAGAAGAGAUCGCUUUUUCUCUUUGUGAACGAGUACGACAGGCGAGGAAGUCGUAUAGACAGAAGUUGGAGAAACGUUUUAGCAAAAAAUUUUACAAUUGUUUACGACAUUAUUUUCUGUUUUGUUUGCCACUAUUUAUUUUUCAUAUCUGGAGCUGAUGAACUGUGAUGAAUUUAAUGUUUCAAUUGUUAAUUCUUAAUCAGAUUUAAUCAGAUUUAGACUCUUUUCACGCAGAAAAAGCUAAGUCUUGAUUUGUCUUUUUGCCAUGGAUGUUGAAAAAUUGUGUUGGUGAAGAGGUCCACUACGGUGUGUCUGGGCAACCGUUGAGAAGGGAAAGUCAUGGUCAACGUCACCCUGUCUGACCUGCUCUGACGUCACACUUUCUGACCUACUCUGACGUCACACUGUCUGACCUGCUCUGACGUCACACUUUCUGACCUACUCUGACGUCACACUGUCUGACCUGCCCCGAGCAGACCAGAACAGGACGUUGUCUUCACUUGUUGUUACCUUAGUUAGUGAAUUCGCUGUACCAUUGUCUGAUCUUUAUGGCUGACAUAUUAUUAACAAAA